CUUUUUCGCACUUCCGCAUUUUUCGAACGGAAAUACGUCAAUGAAGUGUAUUAGAACUUCCGGUUAUCGUAGCGGUCCGCGCGGCAGAUACGAAAAAUGGCAGAGUCAAAGAGUCGCAGUUUCUGUUGUGUUCCAGGCUGUUCGUCUUCCAACCAAAAACAGCCCUACCUUUCUUUUCAUUCUUUUCCUGUGGAUCCAAACCUGAAACCCAAAUGGAUACAGGCGAUCCGAAGAGAGGAAGGGCAUAGUUUUAAUGUUAAAACAGGUAGCACCUAUGUUUGCAGCCGGUACUUCGCUCCGGAUGAUUACAGUGGUGGCUGCGUCGUUCGUCGCCUGAAGAGUGGUGUCGUCCCAAGCCUAUUCCCUUGGAACAACUUUACUGCUCCUUUGAGAAGGGAGUCAGUAUAUGACAGAACCUUAAAACGUCAGUCUAUACAGCUAUGCUGUGAAGAUAGCGACAUGGUGGCUAAGGCAGCAAGGAUGGAUCACGACUACGUGACACACCCACCUGCAGGUGCUCUGGAUGUGGCUUUGGAUUACAUCCAUGACCUAGAAGCCAAAUUGCAAAACACUGGUCUACCACCCCCUACUCUCUUCAGCCGAUACUGUGCGUCAGACGACCAAAUACGUUUCUACACCAAAUUUCCAUCUGAGAGUGUUUUUACUAUUUUUUGGGAGUCAAUUGCACCAUCUGCACUUAGACUGGUGUACUGGACCAAAGCACAGAGGGCAGGUGAGGAAGGCUGCGAAGAUCCCAGCCCACCACGCAUCAUGCCAUUAAUAGAUGAGUUCUUGAUGUACUCCAUGCGGGUUGCUGUUGGCAUGAAGGAGCAGCUCAUUGCUGACAUUUUUAAUGUGAGCAUUGCCAGGGUUAGCAGGGUUACCAUCACCUGGGCCAAUUAUCUUUUUAUGAUGCUGAGCUCACUUCCCAUCUGGAUAAGCAGGGAAAAGGUUAAGUCCACUAUGCCCCUUAAAUUCCAGCGGUACUGUCCGAAUGUCAGAGUGAUACUGGACUGCACAGAAAUUGCCCUGGAAACAGCCUCAUCCCUGACCUUACAAUCAGAAACAUUUUCAAAUUACAAAAACAGGACGACAUUGAAAGGGCUAAUUGGAGUUGCUCCCAAUGGUUUGGUGACAUUCAUCUCACCCCUGUACACUGGGUGCAUCUCAGAUAAGGAGAUCACCAGGAUCAGUGGAGUCCUUCCCUUGCUGGAGCCAGGAGACGAUGUCAUGGCGGACAAAGGGUUCCUCAUUCAAGACCUCCUUGCUGACGUUGGAUCUAAGCUCAUCAUUCCACCUUUUAAGCGUUCAGCUCAAUUCAGCAAGGAGGAAACGGAACAAACCCAAGCCAUUGCCCGCCUCAGAAUUAUAGUGGAAAGAGUGAUCGGUAGGAUAAAGUCCUUUCACAUCUGGGACUCUCCCGUGCCGCUCACACUGAUUGGCAGUGUGAAUCAGAUCUGGCUUAACUGCUGUGUUUUGGCAAAUUAUCAAGGACCUUUUUGUUUUGAAGAGUGAAUUAAUGUUUGGUAUGUAAAUAAAGUGUUAAUAGUAUGUAAAUAAUUUAAUGUUCGCACAUAUUCUUAAAAAUCAAAUUAAAUAUAAUUGUUAUAUUCUUAAUAUUUUUCUGGUGAAAUGUGCCUUUGAUUUCACACAAAAAAUAGAUGAACAAAUAAAAAAAGUUUGGUCAAAAUUGUGCAUCAUUUAAUUUUUUUGGUAUGCGUAACAUCAACUGAUUAAUAAAAACUCAUAACAUCAAAUAUUUACAAUAAAACAAAUAACAUUACAGAUCAUUAACAUUAGGACAAACUGAUUGGUAAGACAAGAUUAGUGUAAUUUAAGGUAUGCAUUCAUGUAUGUGCCAUAAUAAUAUACAUCUAAUUGCUCUUUAAUUUCCGCAAUGAAUGAGUCAUCACGCCAAAUUCUUUCCACGGUUAAAGUUGAUCGGGUAUCGGUAACAAAGUCACACCAUGUCAGUCCUGUGAUUGCCAGUUGGCCCUGAACCUGCCAGUAGUACUUAUGUGAACGCCUCAGACUGGCGUGACCUUCCUGCACCUUGAGGUGAGCAACCUGAGAUGGAUCAGUUUUUGUGCUGCUCUUCACUUCAACCAGGCCAAAAGGAGGUGACUCUGAAGGGUCAUACACCCGACCGUCUGGACUGGCCCCGAGAUGUGGUGCGUCAGGGUGAAUGACGAAUCCUGCUGGUAACACAUUAAUAGCAACAGUUCAGCAUAGUUUGCCAGCACUUCAGGCUCCACUAGUAGCCCACGCUUCAUUGCAGCUGUUUGCUUUGUGGAGCCUCUGAUCAUCUGAAUAGCUGCAGACUCCAGCUCUGCACGACACGCCCUACUACAACAAGCAUCCCAAAAAUGACUAGCAGUCAGCCUUGGUCGCCGUAGCUGUGUCCACGCAGGACAUUUGGAUUGCUGCUGAGUUUCUUUUGCUAUCUCGCAGGACAGCUGCGGUGACACUUCAAGAGACUGGAGAUGCAUAAACUGAUGCAAGGUCGGGACAAAAUGCAACCUGGGAAAAGUAUGCUACAUCACAGGAAAGGAUGGAAAUUCUGGAGCCAUGUGGUGUAGGAGGAGGUCACUGGUCUUCUUGGGUGGACAGUGAUAGGACAUGGGGGAUCCACGAGGGACAGACCCAAAUUUAGAUGGCGUCAACUCCAUCUCAGAAAGCCCAUCCAAUACAACAGCCAUGAGAGGUUGGGGCUGCACCUGGCUUAAUUUGCUUCCAGAUGCCAUCAUAUAUGGAUCUGGCAGUGGUCCUAGACAAGAGAAACACAAGAUUAUUGGUCACACAAAAGAAAAGUUAGACUUGAGUGCAUAACUACAUUUACAUUUUAUUCAUUAUAUCUGAGUUAACCAUCAUUUGGUUAGUCAUAACAUAAAAAAAAACUUAACUUGCUCUCACAAAGCAACAAAAAGUUAAAUUAAUCACCUGUAUACGCCUUGUACAGUGUGGACCUCAGACCAUCCUUGCCAACUGUUUUGGGCUUUUGCACCACCAGCUCACUAACCGGUUCAGGAUGGAUUCCCUUAAAAGUAAAAGACAAAAAGCAAUUACAGUCUGUAGACACUACUGGGGGUGUUUUUAUAAUAAUUUAGAGUUGUUAUAGAUACGCAUCGGUUCUUAAAUCAUAAUGACAUGUUUAUCACAAACCCACCUCUGUUCUUGGUCUGUGCCAUCUUUGCAAGCCACUUGUGCAGGCCAGUGGGGGUGGAACAGCCUGCAAACCCAGCUGUGAAUAAUGUGCGGUCUGGUACAGGAUGGCAACUAUGUGAUUGCAGAAUCCUUUACCAGCCGCACAACUGCAGGAGAAAGCUUUCAGGUUGGCACUCUCUACAUCCAGUGAUAUCUAGACACAACACAUUAAAUAGGUUACAAUUAAGUCAUACUUAUGUUGCUACAUCAAUGUUCAUAAUAACAUGAAACUAUAACUUUCAGUAGGGUGACCAGAUUUGAGUUGGUAAAAAAAAGGAAGAGUGUAGUGAGUUUGUGAGAUAUUUCAUUGAGAGUAAUGGGUGUGCAGAGCUGCGUACAUAAU